AUGCACGGAGUUAGUGGAACAGUUAGUGUUUAUAAUCCAAUUGUUGAGAAGGAUCAAACGAGUUCUGCAGUUAUAUGGGUUCGAAGUGGACCUCCAGAUAAUUCUAAUAUAAUCACAAUUGGAUGGCAUGUGCUUCCUCAAUUAUACAAUGACGACCUAACUCAUUUUUUUGUCUUUUGGACGAAUGAUUCUUUCAAGAAGACGGGAUGCUACAAUUUAGAUUGUUCAGGUUUUGUUCAAGCCGAUAAUACAAUUACUCCAGGUCAAUCAUUCAACAAAACAUCCUUCCUUAAUGGACUUGUUAUCAAUCUUCCACUUUCUAUCUUCCAGGAUCCAACAACAAAAGAUUGGUGGGUUAGUGUAGAGAAGAAGGAAAUUGGAUAUUUUCCGGCAUCUUUAUUCUCGAACAUGACAUACGUUGAUGAAGUGGCGUGGAUGGCUAUAACAACAACUCCUUUGGGUACCCGUAGUCCUUCAAUGGGAUGCGGAGAAUUUCCCAUGGGCAUUUCAAAUCAUGGGUCUUAUUUUAAGAAUCCUGAAUUUGUUAAUGAUUUUGGACAAAAUCAACCACUUGAAAAAGACGAUGGACAUAUUUACACUUCCAAAUUUGUAUGCUUUGGUGCUGAAUACAUUGAGGACAAAGAUGUUGGAUUAUCAGUUGAAUUUGGAGGACCUGCGGGGUGUAACGCUUAA